UCAAACGUGGCGACCGGUUUGUUGUCUGUCUAACGUGUACUACGGUCCGCACCAUUUCACGGGGCCGUCGCAUCGGCUGAACGAUGUUGUCCACCAAGUAUUACGCGCUUGUGUGUUUAGUUUUGUCGUUCAUUCAUCAUUCACUGGGACUUUACUUUCAUAUAUCCGAAACGGAACGAAAAUGCUUCAUCGAAGAAGUGCCCGAGGAAACGCUUGUCGUUGGAAACUACAAGUGCCAACUGUACGAUCCGAAGACCGGUGGUUUCAUGCAGUCCAGUCCCGGGAUCGGUAUGCACGUGGAAAUUCGCGAUCCUGAGGACAAGACCAUUUUGUCGAAGGUGUACAGCUCCGAAGGGCGCUUUAGUUUCACUUCGCAUUCGCCCGGUGAACACGUCAUUUGCCUCUACUCCAAUUCUUCCAGCUGGUUCAGCGGAAGUCAACUGAGGGUUCACCUUGAUAUCCAAGUUGGGGAGCAUGCUGUCGACUAUGGCAGUGUGGCACGGAAGGAGAAACUUACAGAGCUACAACUGCGUGUGAGGCAGCUCUUGGACCAGGUUGACCAGAUCACCAAGGAGCAGAAUUACCAAAGGUUCCGUGAAGAACGCUUCCGACAGACUAGUGAGAGCACCAACUCCAGGGUUCUGUGGUGGUCGGCUGGACAGACAAUCAUCCUUUUGCUCAUGGGAUUCUGGCAGAUGAGACACCUGAAGAGCUUUUUCGAAGCCAAGAAGCUUGUGUAAAACUGGAUGCCGUGUGCAACCUAGAGUGAUGUCCCUCCGUGUGUGGAAUGCUUUUUCUUUUUUUGGUGUCUCAUGGACAUUUUUGGUAUACAUCUGAUGGCGUUUUAGAAUUGGCAACCUCCCCCCUGUGUUUCUUCAUCCAAAAAAAAGUAAGGAAAAAGUGUGAAAAUUAUUUCAACAUUGUGAGGACACCAUUUGCAAUAAAUGUUCUUUAAAGCAGGGAAAGAACUUUCAUUGUGGAAUACAUGUGCUACUGGUAUUUCUUUGGCUUAUCUGGCUUAGGCAAAUGAAAGUGUUUCACUAUUUAAGAUCUUUGAUGCCCUAAAACAAGUCUUUCAUUUUGAUGAAAAAGUGGACAAAAAUGGAACCACUACUAUAUUGUCUUGACAUAUGUUGCUUGAAUGGUUUUGCUACACAUCAUACAUGUUGUUUUGUGAGAGGCACAGCUGCGUGUGCAUUGUGAUUUGAACGAUGCUGCAUGUCACUGUUUUGCCUGCAUCAAAUACUAAAAUACCUUGUCUAGAUGUCUUAGUUUAAAAAACUGGAGCAACUAAGCUGUACUUGAUGCCUCUGAUAGGUAUCUGAGUUGUACAGAACAUAGGGAUAACCUGUCAUUCUACAAAGUUUCAUGUAAUCUCUGCAUACAUGUACCUUUGUUGUGAAAGAAAUUUAAUGUCUCUUGCCUGGCAUCAGUUUGGUUAGUCAAAAUACAGUCCAUGCCUGUUACAAAGUAUCCUCAUAUGACAAAGAUUUUCCAAGUUUGAUUUGUCUGAAUGCAACAGAUCCUUUAGUGAAACUAGUUAUAAGAGUAAAGUUUUUAAACAAAUAAUUGUCUAAAUAAGGCAUAUACAAAAUACUUUCCUGUGGUGAUGCAGCAGUUUAUUGGACACAAUGUUGACCAUCCACUAGCAGAAACUGUGUAAGCAUGAAUUAUCUUACAGAAAAAUCACACCAGCAGCAAGCUUUCAGCAAUGGCAUGCUGUGCAUUAAAUGUUGAAGCAGUGUGAAGAACAGAGAUAAAGACAGCAGAUUAGUGAGGUGAUUAGAUAGAAGCCCUUGUCACAUGUCACGCUAGAUCACUUCGUCAUGUGCUCAAAUCGGUAAAAGCCAAUUUUGAGGGUGAGCUCAGUUCGUUUGAACAUCGGUCAACUCAAUGUUUAAUUGGGCGGCAAAAACGACAUGACAUUGCAACUUGGUCCUGUGAGUUUCUUGCCAUCGGGUUUUAAUGCAAAUGCUUGCCAGAUUUUCCUCCUCAUGUGGCAUUAACGCUUUCACAUUAGUAGAGCUUUUCAGUUCACUACACAAGUGGCUUAGCAACGCCUACAAGUGUUAGCUUGCUACAGUGUGUGCUACUAGGCCUAAGCCUAGUAGUUCGCUUGGGAGUGGGGUAUGCAUGUUUUGCUUCCUUUUAUCAAGGCAAUAGCACAGACAUUUGACUAAUGUGCUUUUGCUGUCAUGCUAUUCACAUGUGUGACCCCUACAGAGCAGCUUGUGUUCAGAGGCCACUCAAUAAAUGAAAAUGACAACCGGAUAUAUACAUAUAUGCUCUGCUCGCCUGGCUUUGCUGUAGCCGAGGCCUCCCACAGCUCGUGUGAUUGUGCUCGCAAAUACAUGACGGUGUUGCCGCCAAGUAGCUGCGUGCGAUCCUAUCUUCGUAUACUAGUUUGAGGUAAAUGGAUGCUAAAAUUCAAGCUACAAAAAUUGACUGUUUACUUUUGGGUCCCAUUUUGCGUGUCAUCUAGAAUCAAUGCUGCUAGGGACAUUCCUCCUUGUGCCAGCAUUACAAGAUGCCUUGUAGCUGCUAGGCUGAUGUUUCAUGUGUGGGACCCAAUAUCAAGCCUUAAUAUCACGAGAGCCCGUCAAUGCCUGGUGUCACCAUCACUGAUUCACCCUUCUAAACUGAUCUGUGUUUUAGUUUAUUUUAGAUUUAUGGUCGUGACCUACUAAUGAUGAUAAAACUAGAUGGUGCAUGCAAGAGUACUGUCAUUUUGCACCAUUGUGCAAGAUAUAUAUAUAGUGUAUGACAGAUCAUUCUUUCUGAAUUUUAUGAUCCAUUGUAACAGGUGUAGAUUGCAUUGGUUAUUAUUUUCAUUUACUGCACUGGGGUCUGCUACAUUUUUGGUGUGUUGUCACGACCUUGGGUAAUUCACUGUUGGACAUUCAUGCGAAAGUUCAAAUGUUGCUGUCCAGCGCUGCUUUUUACCUUGUGAGGAGAAUAAGCGGUGAAAAAGAGAUGGUCUGUUGGAAAUUUGAAUUUGUUGCCUUCAUUGAGAUUUGUGGGCAGGCAAGUAGUUGUUCAAUUUCCUCAUGUUAAUUGUAUGCACAUAAAUACUGUUGACUGGGGCAUGCUAGAUGCUGGUUCGAGUCAUUGUUGGAACUCUGAAGAGGUGCUGGAUCAAUGCACAACUUCAGCUUUAACAUAUUAAUCAACUCUGUAUGCUUAUAGUUCACUUAAUGUUUUCAUUAUAUAGCUGUAAAAUGCUUUGCACGACUGUCUUAAUAAGUGUUAUUUUGGGGGUGGGGACAUUGAAGGCCUGGAAAUUUUUUUUAAUAAUCUUGAUGAAGGCAAAAAUUUGUGUGAUGCCUUGUUCUGGUUUGUUCAUGUUGGCAUACAUUGGAAUUGAAUGAGUUUGUAAUAAAAAGGCCUCCAAAAAUAUGCUAUUCUUUUUAUGGCCAAAUG